CGCCAGCGUACGAUCCAGCCAUCGAUGAGGAAGUGUACUGAAGCUGCUGUGUGGAGGAACACAGACAAGUAAGCAUCUCCUCUCUGUAGUUCCCGGAGGGAGCGUCACGCAUCAAAACGCGCGGACUGGUGACCAUAUCGUAAUGGGAAUUACCGGGAUGUCAAGGGAAUAAUAUCAGAAAUCAUGUGCCUUAUCGGCACCAAGUCGGUGCCACUUGAGCGGUAAGGUUUUUGGAGAGAAAGGAGGAGGAGACGUAGACAGCCUGGCAGACAGGUGCGACUCCACACAGCCCGUUUUAUUUUCUCUCGGUCCUAUAAUAAGUAGUAGGAGCCAUGGAUACCCGCAAGGAAAACAAGGCAAGAAAAGCCAUGAAACCCAAAACGACGAAGCGAAAAGAGAAGAAAUACAAAACCGGGAAGUUUAUCAGGAGGAAAUCGCUGCGAUCUUUUGGGAAUUUCAUGGGAAGGAUCCUCAAAACUUUAGGCACUUUGGCGCACUUUGGCGACGCGGAACCACCGGACGCGGAGGACGACGACGGCGGCUUCGGCCAAGGCGAUUCUGGGGGUUUCAAAGACGACAGCUUGCAGACCUCCAGAGAGGGAACCGUGAAGAAGUGCUCCACGGCGUCCUCCUCUCACGGCUCGGUGAAAGACAGGCUGUCGUGGUGCUACGGCGACAAGACCCCCGGGGUGCUGGGGCUGAAGAACCACGGCAACACCUGUUUCAUGAACGCCGUGGUCCAGUGCCUCAGCAACACGGACCUGCUGGCCGAGUACCUCGGGCUGGAGCAGUACAAGUCGGAUCUGUGCCACAGGAGGGUGAACGGGGAGCUGAGAGGCGAGGAGCCGCAGACCGCCAGAGGAGAGGUGACCGAGCAGCUGGCGUCGCUGGUUCGAGGGCUGUGGACGCUGGAGUACACCCCGCAGCUGUCUGUGGAGUUCAAGAGCAUAGUGGCCAAGUACGGCUCUCAGUUUCGGGGAAACUCUCAACAUGAUGCCCUCGAGUUCCUCCUUUGGCUUUUGGACAGAGUUCAUGAAGAUGCUAAUCACAGCCCCAACAACACUAACAGCAGCAGCAGCAAGACCAAAGCCAACGCUAAGGGACCCAGUUCACUGGAGGAUCCUUCCAGUCCCAGUUCAGCCAGCACACAACAGCCUCGAGAUCGACAUAGUUUUGUCCAGGAACACUUCCAGGCUCAGUACAAGUCUUCUCUGACGUGCCCUCAUUGCCUUAAGCAGAGCAACACCUUCGACCCAUUUUUAUGUAUCUCCCUGCCUAUCCCCCUACGACAAACCAGGCCGAUGUGUGUGACGCUGGUGUUCAGUACGAAGGGUCAGAGGUACCUGCGGGUGGGGCUGGCUGUACCUCUCUUUGGUUCCCUGUCCUGCCUGAGAGCCAUGGUGGCAGAGGAGGGCAACAUCUCCCCAGACCAGGUCAUCCUAUCAGAGGUGUACUCCACGGGUUUCCAGCGUUCCUUUUCAGAUGAUGAUGACCUGACAUCAAUUGCUGAUAGCGACGUCAUCUACGCCUUUCAGGCUCCUUCCCUCUAUAGUCGUGGAGGCUCCGCACCACACUCAGGGUAUCACCACAGCCUCCCCUCCUCCCCCUGCACCUCUGCGGCUGGACCCGAUGGUCAGAAGUUACCUCCGUCAGGCACCCUCUCCUCUGAAUACCUGAACCAGGGCAGCUCCACAAAGGUCCUCCUCGUCAUCUGCAACACAGCAGGAUCUGGCCAGCAGGCUGUCAGGUUUGGACCUCCAUUUCUCAUGCGUGAGGACAGGAGCAUCUCCUGGGACCAGCUUCAGCAGAGCAUCCUCAGCAAGCUCUAUUAUCUGAUGCUGAAUGGAUCUCAGGCUCAGAAUGCUGGGGUGCUGUUCAAAAUCAGAGUAGUGGGAGGAUCAGCAGCCUACAGCUACCUGUCCCCAAAGGACAGCAGGCCUCUGUACCACCCUGCAGUUGACAGAGCUCUGAAGUUCUGCGGCCCUGGAGGACCUCCUCACCUGAAGGUUGUCAUCGAGUGGGAGAGCAAGACUAAAGAAUGUCUAUUUGGCAGCAUUCAAGAAGAGGUGGUCAAGGAUGCGGAGAGUGUGAGGAGCCAGCAGCAGCAGCAUCUUCAGCAGCAUAGCUGUACCUUGGACGAGUGCUUUCAGCUGUAUACCAAAGAAGAACAGCUUGCCCCAGAUGAUGCCUGGAAGUGCCCCCACUGUAAGCAGCUUCAGCAGGGCAUGGUGAAGCUGAGCCUGUGGACUCUCCCUGACAUACUGAUCCUCCAUCUCAAGCGCUUCCGACAGGUAGGCGAGCGGAGGAACAAGCUGUCAACCCUGGUGCGUUUCCCCCUGACUGGUUUGGACAUGGCCCCCCAUGUGGUAAAGAGGAGUCAGAGUAUGAGGAACCUGAACUCAGGGGCCUGGCCACCGCCCUGGAAGUUGGCUUCAGGCCAACACCACCAACCUGCUGACAUGAUCCUCCCCCACGACUAUCUGUAUGACCUCUACGCUGUGUGUAACCACCAUGGAGGAAUGCACGGAGGACAUUAUACUGCUUACUGUCGGAAUUCAGUGGACGGACAGUGGUAUAGCUACGAUGACAGCAGCGUAGACUUGGUGCCAGAGGAAGAAGUAUGCACCAGAGGAGCCUACAUCCUUUUCUACCAGAGACGCAACACCAUUCCCCCGUGGUCGGCCAAUUGCUCCGUCAGAGGAUCCACAAGUUCAUCAAUGUCAGACCACUGGCUAAUCCGGCUGUCAGGGGAUAGUAAGAGAGGCAGUCUGGUCUCUCGAUCCUCCACUACCUGCCCAUCUUCAUUACCUGACUCGCCCGAGUCUCCGGUCUUCCUUGAAAAUGGUUCUAAACAGGAAAGAGGGGGGUUUGAGAGCAGGCCAUUUAUCAGGGGUCUUCAGGGACGCAGCGUGAGCAUGAGAGCCCCCAGCAAGCCAAGGGACACCCUGAGCAAAGUGUUUCCCCUGCGCUGGUCCUUUGGUUCAAAGGACAUACGUAAACCUGAACAAGUGCCUCCAUCUGUUCAAGAUCCUGCCCCUGUGGAGCUCGUACAGUACCUGGAAUCUGGCCGGCGGCCCAGGUGCACAAAGGAUCCAAUAGUGACGUUGAUGAGCGAGCCACGCAUCACAAAGGCAGCUGCUGAGGGCCGGUCCUCAACCAAUGUCCGAUCUUCCAGUGUUGGGAGCUUACAUUUUAUGAAUAAGGCAGGGGAUGAGCUGCCACCUGAGUCCCCACAGGUCCCAGAGGGCCAGAGGAGGUCAUCAGAUAAGACCGCCAGCUUGAGACGCAGGAAGGGGAGCCAGACAAGAGAUGAGAGCACCACCAAUAUCAGCAGUAGCUCUAGCAGUAACACCCUCACCAGGAGGAAGGACGCCAGGAAGCAAAGCUCCUCCAAAGCUUCCCAGGAUACUACUGAGACAAAAAGGAGUUCCAGUUCUGGAGUUCAGCCCAGCUACAGCACUCCUAGCCUUCAUGAUGGGACCCUGAGGAGACAAAAAGGGGACACAGGGUCUGAUAGGGAACACCGCGGUGCAUAUGAAGGAAACUCUAAGACCAAGAAAGGAGAAGUACCCAAGAGCCAUGAGGGACUGCUCUCCUCCUUCUUUAAAGGUAACUUCCUUAAGAAGGAUAAGGACUCAAGGAAGUCCAAGGAGGGUGAGUCAGGGAAAGGAGGAGUUGAGGAAGGAGGCAGGAGGACUCUCUCUAGGCUGUCACUGUCUAACGGAGCAGCAGGAGGAGGAACUGGGGUGGAAGGAGGCAGGUCUAAUGGCUCUGGCCACUUGGGCGAUGAGCUGUCAAACGGGAAGGUGGGCCGAACCACGGCGGAAAUCAAGCGCUCCCAGAGCUCCUCCAACAUCCCCACCAAAGCAGAGCAUAGCAUGCGUAGGACAGCAUCUCUGCAUCGUAACGGGAUGUCUACAGCCCCAGCACCAUCACGCAGCCUGACAGCAGACAAACCGUCUUACGGCACCCUGCAGAGGACUCGUUACAGCACGACCUCGCUGGGACGCAAAAGGACAGUCCCAGAGUCCAGCUUCUGACACAGAGAUAUUCAACACAUCCAUUCCAUACACACACACAAAGCCUUUUAUAUGUCAUAAAGUGAAUGAUGUCCAGUCUCAGAGAUCAAAGCAAUAGAGCUCCAUUCAGAGUGAUACGCCUUUUUGUCCCCGGAGAAUGACCUGGCUCAAGUGGCCUGCACCAUGGAGUUGAGAGACACGGAGUAAAGGAAGGAUCCUUGCUGGGAUAUAAAGAGAAGAAUGAAAUGAGAUCCAUCAAACAUCAGACGGAGUCCAUUUGUAUUCAUUUUUUUUAUUACUUCAAACAAGUGCCUGAGCAACUAAUAUGCAGUUUAGACCAAUGAGUUUGUCUGUUUAGCACUGGAGGCAAGAAAUCUCACACACACACACACACACACACACACACACACACACACACACACACACACACACACACACACACAAGCAUGUUAUCCGCAUUUGUGUCUUAUUACUGUAGUGUGAGUGUCUGAAUUCAUCACUACAUUUUGAAUUAUCUUGGUUGUGUGUCACACUGAUUGUGUUCAUUUAUAAGAAUGUAAUGGGUCCACUUGAUUAAUGGUUGUGUUUUGAGGCUGCAGUUUGCGAUUAACAUAAUUUUAUUUUUGUAUCUUUAAUCUGUUAAAUGUUUAUUUAAAAUUCAGGAUGACUUUACACACACAGCAGUGUUUUUAGAAAGCAUUGACAUGUCCCCAUGCGACCCAGAUUGCAGCUGUUGUUUAUUCCAUGUUAAAGAUUAUAAGGACAAGUAACACUUUAUUUGUCUACUGUGAAGUGUAAUAUUAAUGCAAUAUCCACUCUUAGAAAAUGUUUUGCACCUUUUUAUAUAACAUCAAUUAUCCAUAUUUAAUACAUUCAUGCUGUUUAUUUUCAUCUUCAAUUUUGGUGUAACCACUCUAUUUCUCCUAGUUUAUGAUUUCCUGUGUCAUGGAAGCCGUUGCAUUUACUGUAGCUGUGGGAUAUGGGAAUGCAGAAUGUGGCUGCAUCUCAUGCUGUUUUAUUGAAGCUGUGGUUGUACGUAACUGUCUAAAAAAUACUCCUUUCUCUUUGAUUGUGAGGGGUUUUCACAAGAAUCUGACAUACAUUUUUACAAUCAAUUUUCACUGUAGCAGAGCUUGAAGUAUUGCACCCUGAUAUUGACCGCAUCUGGCCAGUUAACUGGAAAGAAAGAUACUCCACACAACCCCAAAAUGGAUUCUAAAAUGCAAGAUACAAAGAGUGUCAGUGUUUUAGGGUGGGGUUUUUCCUUUAAUUAUGCCUAGUCUGAACAAUCUACAUACAGAUAUAUGUAUUUUCUUUUUAUUUAUGCAUUUGCUGUGUGUUUUCUUUUAGUUAACACAAGCUACUAGUACUAAUUAGCUGUCAACACUAACUGAGAAAUGUGCCAAGAAGAUCCCUCUAAGUGUCUGUUUGUUCAGCACAAUCCAUCCCUUGUUACAAAUGUAAUGUAAUAAAAUGUACAGUCCCUCUGACACUAAGCUCCGCCCAUGGCCCCACCCCCAAGGUUGUGAUUUUAAAUCUUCCAUACUAAUCAGUGAGAACUGUAAUGUUGCAGUUAUUUUGUGAAUCCGGCAUAAUGAAGGUUUUUCUGUGCACUUUGUCUUUUCACAGGUUAGAGUAUGAUGAUAAAUUAUGACAGUAUUUAUGUCCUGUGAGCCUGAGUUAUACUCUGCAACAUUUAUUUUGGACUCUAUGGACGCACAUGCAAGCAUAUUUAAUUUAAUUUAGUUCAAUCUGUUUUAUUUUUACUUUACUACCUUUUUUUCAAUAUGCAUGGGCUUCACAUCUACAUGGUUAGUUUUUUUACUUGUAUGUAAUACUUAGUGACCCAAUUGGUGACUAUUCACUAGCCUGCUUCUUAUUCUGGUCAAACUAUGACGGUAUAACAUGCUGGCUGGACCUCCUCAUAUGCUGCUGCAGUGAUAUUUCAAUGUUGUAUGUGCACAGAUAUUUCCCAUGAUGCCUUCUCAGGCUCUACACAUGUAUGGCCCCUCAUUAAUAUUUGCACAGUGCUGAGAUUUCUUUUGCACUUUACACAUAAGGGGAUCUCUUAAGUAAAUAGCACUACUGCUAAUGCUAAACUCAAGGGCAUAGCUGUUUUAAAAGAAAUCUGUCAUCUUGCAAACAAUUUACUGACAGGGUUAUAUGUAUAUGUUACAUAUCUUUGUAUUUAUGUUGGGAAGCUGCUUUUGCUCACUUCUCACCAACAAUAAACACAUUAGAAUAUUGACCCUGAAGUAGGUGGUAAUGGAAAACAUACAAUAUAAUAUAAGUUCAUUAAGAUAUAUAAGUAAAAAUAGUAAAAGCACCAUAUCACCCUCAGACAUACUGUAGCUGUGUACAACUAAGUCGUCAACAUGUGUUGAUGGUGUUUUCACCCUCAUAAUCCAGUUUGUUAUUAAAGAUCAAGGACAUUGAAUAACCCUCAGCAUUUGUAAGCCUUCUCUAUGGCUUCUGUUCGUCAUCUGCUGAGAUGUGCGACCUUCAGCUGCAUUCAAGUAAACUAAGAAAACUGUCUAGCAUUCAAACACAAUACCAACAGCCUUUUAUUGCCCCGCCGGAUGUUCCGCCAGACAUCCCUCACCUUCCGCUCUCUGUGUUGCCGAUCUCAAACUGUUCAUUCGGGAAACGACAAGAACCUUUGAGCUAGCAAGCUACACACUGAAAAUGGAAAGUUUUGUAGAAAAUUUGGAUCGUGCAACAAGUCAGCUUGUUUUUUUCAGAGAACUAUUCUAAAGAUUUACAAAGAAUGUGUUUACGGCAUUUACUAUCUAAUUGGGAUGUAUUGGGACUGAUUGGUGGGGAUCGCUAUGGACGAAAUACACACUGCAAUACACUGGUAAGAGAAAAUUAUGUUUAGCAAAUUUAGCUCACGUUACUGUAUUGUGUGAACACUUUCCAUUUAAUAUUGUAUGUGCCGUUUUCUUUUGCGGGGUGCAAAUGUUCCACCAAAACAAGUUCCUUCGCGAGACUAUGUUGCAGAGCCACCCUGGCCGCGUCCGUAGCUUAGCACCACCCAAGGCGAUUGUGAUUGGUUUAAAGGAACACCAACAACCCAGAGCAUUUUUUUCUCCUAUCCUGGAAAGUAUUUGUGGUAGAGCCAGACCUUACUCCACAGCGCUGUGGAGAUAGGUCUGGCAUUGUAAGACUAGCAACUAUGUAAAAAACAUCAACUGAACUCUGCCAUGUCGUGGUGUAGCACAUUUGAAUGCUUAUGUAUAAUAUUUGACAUUGAAUAUCGUGCUUUUUUAUUCUGUUUACAAAAGCAUAAAAUCAGCCCUGGAAAUCUCCACUGACUCAGUCUAUAUACAAAAUAACCCCACAUGAGAUUUAUCAAUUUUUAUUAAUUUGUUUCAAAUGCUGUGUUUUGUUUAAAGCUUGUCACAUUGCAACAAUUGGAUCUCACAAUAUUAAUACUAGACAAACUGUACCAAGCAGUAUCACAGUUACACUUCAGAAUAAACAAACAUGUUAUUGGGAAGCAUAUUUAUUGAUUAAAAUCAAAAGCGGCAGACUUUAUUAUGAAAGCAGUUCAUCCGUAUGUAGCUCAUCGCUUCAUUGCUUUAUGUACACAUUGAACACUUGAAUUAACAUUUUCUCAUGUUUCCGCAUUUAGGCCUUUAUUUGUACAGGACAGCUGAAGACAAGAAGGGGGAGAGAGAGGGGGGGAAUGACAUGCAGCAAACGGCCGCAGGGAAGAGUCGAACCCGCGGCCGCUGCGUGAAUGUUUGAAUUGCCCCUACAGUGUACAGAAACUUUCAACAACACCCAUAAAUCUUCUUAGAAAUGACUUUUUCAAAUUUGUCUGUGCACAGAUGGCAUCAUCGUUUCACAUUUGUUCAGUUUGACUCACUUUGCAGAGCAGGAUGACUAUCCUUUAAUAGCUACCGAAUGUCGCUACUCUUUUCAUGUCCAAAUCUAAAAAGGUUUUAUUGAAAAUGAAUUAAUCUUCCUGCAGACAUUAGUCACAGCUUUAGAUAAUCAUACACUGUCUGGUACAUUAUAACCCCGAUUUUGAAGCUGUUGGUUGGAAAAGGCUUUUUACUUUAUUCCUACGAGUGGAGCGAGUCUCAAGUGACUAUAAGCAAUAAUAAUUGAAUGUCUUAUUCAUUUGUGUUGAUCCCCAAAUUUUGACUCUGAAAUUCUGUUAGUAAAACAUAUGACAUGGGCAGAUAUUGAGGAAGUCAAGCACAACAGUUGUUCUCCAAAUAGAAACUUAACAUUGAACACACUGUUAAAACCACAAAAUUGGAUGCUUUGUUUUCUCCUUAGAAUGUCAAGAGGGAUUGUUGGUGACUUUGUUUUGACAGCGGCUGCUAAUUGACUGUCCCCAACUAUGAGUUUACUGAGCCUUAUAAAUGGAUUUACAAAGACUGCCAUUUUCAAUCGGAGAUUGGGUGGUAGCACAUUCUACAAAAGCAAGGCUGCAAUCACUUUCAUCACAAUCACAAAUAAUAACACAUUGCAGCUUGUGCAGUCAAUAGCCAAGCUCCCCUCUACCAACAGUGACAAAAAACAGCUGUGGCUUUCUAUUACCAAACAAAAUAAUCAAUCUUUUUAGAAUCUGGUCUGUAGUGAUGCUCAUACUGAAAUAGUGUGCUUUUUCUUUAAUGUAUGGGAAAACAAUACUGUUAGUGUAUUGUACCAAAAGGAAGAAAGAAGUAUUUGACGGAAAAUGAAAAACUCAAACUCAACCAACAGUUUCUUUGACUUCUAUAUAUCUGAGCGACCCUUAUGUUAUUAGUAUAAUGGUUAUGAUUACAGUUCAGAAGAAAUCAUUUUAGACACUGGCCAAAAUCGAUUACGUUCAUUUUUUUUUUUUACAUUUUUCUGAAAAGCUACAAACUUCAUCUAGUAUAAAACAUAAGGCCAAAGUCUCUGUCCUGUCAUUCAGAAGUAGCAGAUAAUCACUGAUACAAAUGAAAUAAAUUCAGAUCAAUGCUGAAGUAAAAUAAAAUUGAAUUAUAGGGACACAAAGUCUGUAUUGAAUUAUUCAUGUAUAUGUUUGAUGUUUGUUUUGUUGUUGCAUGGGUCAAUCAACAUUUGGCCACAUACACACAAUGUGAACAUACUCUUCCAAAACUGAGCACUGCUGUGUUAACAUGAUGUAUUGUGAAAUGUGGAUUAAAGAUGGUUUUAUAUGCGAUUUUUCUAAAUUUGAUUAAAAACUAAUCUGUAAAUAUAUUUGUGGAUACCACAUUUGUGGAUAUAUUUCUGGAACUCUGUGCAGGUGUGUGUGAGAGAGAAAAUGAGUGAACAAAUAAGCUUAUUAUCAUGCUGUCAACCUGUGGAGUUGAAUGCCAAGGUAUCUAACUGAACUCACAUGCAGUGUAUUCCAUGUUUUGCAUCGUGGCAAGGGUGUAACAAGUAUGCUUUCACUGUAAAAACAACAGUUUCUGCCUGUAUUGCCUUCUGUACAUGAUGGUAUAUUGUUUUAUUUUUCAAUACAACAAAUUAAAAGGUAUUAUUUAUGA